AUGAAGAACGGCAUCUGGGCUGCAAAAGCUACAGAUGGAAUAAAAAGCGAAACAAAUUUUGCUUUCCACACCGCCGAUGAAAAUACAGGCUUGGAUUACUUUGGCCUAGGACGCCUCAAUGAUUUCAGUUCGAACCCUGACUACACUUUUGACGAAAACAAGUUCGUGAUCUGGUACACCCACAAAACGACAAUUGCUGACGGAGAAACUUCUUUAGCCGUCAACCUUUCAGAGAAAGCGGCCACUGCAAGGUUUGUGGCGCUGCUGCAGAUGAGUAAAUCCAUUUCUGGCAAUAAAACUCUUCGUAUCGGGGAAAUUGAGAUGUUUGGCGAAGAAAUGCACGUUCAAGAUUACAUUGGCUGUUAUUUGAACUUCGACGGAAAGACGACCUAUGUGGUAUCAUCAAUUCACGAUUGCUUCACGCUCUGCCAGAGUCGGAAUACAAAUCUCUUUGCUCUGAAGAGUGGUUUCGAAUGCGAGUGCGGCAACCUUGAAGACAAGCAAGUUGCAUCGGACCAGUGCCAGAUAAAGUGUGCCAACUAUGUUACUUACUGCGGUGGGAGAGGUGCCUACUCAGUAUAUAGAGGUACCGCACUUAAACAGAAAAUUGUGAUAGAUAUGAUGGUUGUUUCUGAUCUUGGCUGCUUCAUUGACAGUGAUUUAAAGAAUCCUCUGAAAUAUUUUGAGAGAAAUUUGACUGCCUGUGUGGACUACUGCAAUCUGAUCUAUAUUGCUGUCCAGUCUACGGACAAAUGCUCAUGUCUAUCGAAUUUGGAUCAGCUCAAACCUUCGUUUAAAUGCAAGGAUAACAAAGAAGCAAUACACGUGUAUCAAAAGAAUGUUUCAGUAAAAUUGCCAGCAUCAGUUGCUGCACGUUACUGUGCCAAGUCGAACCACGUAGAUCAGUCUGGAAACUGUUUGUCAGGGUCAUGUGAGAAGGGGUGGAAAGCGCCCGGGUGCUUCGAAAAAGACAUAACCAAACCCUUGUGGCACUCGAUGUCAUGCGAGGAUGUAGAUCUGCUGGCUGCCGUGGUUUCUGUUUGCAAUUUCAAAGCUGCCUACAUUGGAUGCUACAAGGAUGCUUUUAUCGAAUCUCUUCAUUUUAAAUUUGUGAACUCCGUGAAGGAAUGUUCUGUGUACUGCAAGACUUCAGUCUACCACAAAAUUGCUUUACAAGCUGGGAGAUUGUGCCACUGCAUUUCCUUAUUGACAUCAGCUCUUCCAUCGUCUGACUGCCACAUGAAAUGUGCCAAUGGCGAAGCCUGUGGUAGUCUGGACGCCUGCUCCGUUUACAGCAUCAAGCCUCAGGAAUAUCAUGAAGUCGUUUUUUUCUACGACCACCGUCUUGCUGCCAUCCAAACUACCUUGGAGAUCAAAGUUCCCUACACGCUGCAGAUGUGCGGAGAAUUCUGCUCGGAAAUAAAUGGAAACUUUUUCAGCAAUAUUAAAUCUGGUUUAUGCGAAUGUUUCCUACACUUAGAAGUUAAAACGUUCAAAGUGUCAAAUAAUAUCAAAAACGAGAAAUGUGAGUAUGAUCCGGGCCAGGUGUGCCAGAGAAACUUGAUAGGAGAUGCCAAUUCUUCAGCAGUUUUUUUAGUAUCCCAAUUGUACGAAUUCCAGCGAGGCGUAUCAUCUUACUCGCAUUGCUCCAACAACGCCAACAACAAGAAGCUUGAGUUGGUCUACAGUUGCAAAAGUGGUUGCAGCAGAAGUUGGAAGGGUGAAUCCUGUAGAGAAAGAAAUUGUGCGGAUAAUAACGGCGAUUGUGGCAGCGAGAUGAAGUGCGUUGAGUCCGUGGUGAAUGGGGGAAAAUACGUGGAGUGUGUCUGUCCUCGCGGAAAAGUUAUAAACAGGAAUAAACAAUGCGAAGUGCAUCGACAAAACAUAGCGGUCUUCAAACGUAGACAUUUCAGCGCGGAUUUCCAACUUCCGAAUGCCGCAAGUCUGAAUCUUGCCUUAUCACAGAAUAAUGUUAAGCUGAGUUGGCUGGCUGUCGAUCUGGAAAACUUUUAUUACGUCGGAUACGUCGUAGCUUAUAGCCAAGUUGUCAAGAAUAUUGAAUUGCUACACAUACUGGAUUACUUCGACGUCAAACUGAGCGAGACCUUCAACAUAAUCGGCAACUACGAUUUUCGAGACCACGUCAAAGUGUGUGGGUCGUGGAUGCACCAGGCUCGCCUUUGGGUUCUUCCAAUGAAAGUCAUCUGUAGGGAUUUCACUUUUGCCACCAGAGAAAGUUGUGACACCAAUAACGGAAACUGCGGUGAAAAGAGGUGCAUAGAGUAUUCUCACAGAGCCACCAUCGCCAUCAAGUGUAUCAAACAAAAACCAGAUCUCAUCAUUACUCACGGAAAUAGACCCCCGAGCAUAUAUGGCUGCUUCCAGAAAUUAAAAGCAGAGUACGAGCACGACAGAUACGGUUUAUCGUACGAGGAUUGCCAGACUGAAUGUAAAUCAAGAUCGUUCAAAUUUUCUGCUCUCAAGGAGCAUGUCAAAUGUCUUUGUGGAAACCAGUUGCUUGCCAACGAACAAAUGCCGAUAAAUGAUUGCAUUAUAAACAGCUAUGGAACUUACUUGGUCUAUGAUGUGGACGCGCUGGUCAACUUAGACUACGCGGCAAAUGUCUACCGUUUCUGCAAAAAUGACCGCAACAAAUCCCAAGAGACAACCUGCCACGAAGGCCAGUGCCUGCUCGGAUGGGCUGGCCAAUUUUGCAACAUCUAUUACGUUGGUUGCUAUCAGCAUGUUGAAACGACGAAAUCAAAAGAAGUCGCAUCUAUCUCGGACUGUUUGAGCACUUGCAAGAACGACAUCAACAGCUUCAUUGCUAUUAAGGGUGGCAACGAAUGCCACUGCGUUGACAGGUUGGAUUCAGCAGUCCCUUCCUCUUACUGCAACAUUUCAUGCCAUAGCAAGGACUCGUGCGGAGGGCAGAACUAUUAUUCCGUUUAUAAAAACUGGCAUCGAAAAAUGCACGACGCCGUCUUUUACAACGCCGAUCUGACGAAAGCAUCACACGAGCUCCAAUUCUCUGGCCACUUCACCGAUGAGAUGUGCGCUCAUUUCUGCCUGGAGAUGGAUUUGUCGUUUUUCAAUAUCAUGCUGAAAAAGUGCGGCUGUUUUCAAACAGUGAAACUCCUGACUCCAUAUCGAUCCAAUCUCGUGGUCUGUGACCAGGACUGCCAGAAAAAUUCCAACGAAGAAUGCAGGUGCUACUUUCAAGGCAGAGAAUCUCAACCAACUGUUUUUGGGACUCGGUUUCAGUACGACUUCCAGAGAGGUGUUUCCUCGUACUCUCACUGCUCGCUGGACAAGUAUGAACUGCUGGAACAAUGUCCUGAAAAGUGUCUGGCCGGCUGGAAGGGAAUGUCCUGUAGAGAGAGAGAUUGUUCGGUCGUGAAUGGAGACUGUGGUAGCGAAACAAAAUGCAUCGAAUCAUCGGUAAAUGCUUUUGUGUAUGCUGAAUGUGUCUGUCCUAACGGGACCGUCAGAAACAAAUUUCACAAAUGUGAAGUUUUUAGGAAUAAUUUGGCACUGCACAAAUCGCCGUACUCCAGUUCACAAGCCAAAGAUGCCAGGAAAGGUUUGAAAAUGGUGGCAGCGUUCCUGACUGAUGGCAUUUAUUACGAUGACACAUUCGCACAAAUUGAUGACAUCAUCUCCAGUUGGCUGGCUGUAGACCUCGGAGCUGUUCAUUGUGUGGGAUUCGUGGUUGUGUACAACAGGAUUGCCGAGACGAAUGAAAUUAGGGCACGUGCUGACAAUUUCGUUGUGAGACUGAACAAAACUUUCGACACAUCGGCCAACUACGAUAUAAGAAAGAGGGUGAACUUCUGCGGGGCUUGGCCAUCGGAGGCCAUCCAGGGCGUGAACCCCAUGAAGGUUGUCUGUGAAGAUUUCAAUCUCCUCUCCAGGUUCGUCAUCGUGCAGCAGUCGGAGGGCCGGUUUAGUGAUGGCAAGCUGGCCAUCGUUGAGCUAGAGGUGUACGACGUUGGUUGUGACCUCAACAACGGAAACUGUGGUAAGUUGCACUGUAGUGAACAUGUGCACCUGGAGACCAAGUUUGUCAAGUGUGAUGCCCUUGGUAAAGACAUCUUCAUAUUUCCGAUAGCGCCUGGGGGCAAAUCAAUAUACGGAUGCUUCAAGAGGAUCGACUACAGCUACGAACAUAACGAAUACGCGCUGACCAGCCGCCAGUGUGGGAGAGUCUGCAAAUCAAAAUUCUACAAAGUUGCAGCUAUGAAGGCCGGUAUAAAAUGUUUCUGUGGAAAUAAGCUGAUCGUGAACGACCAGGUGUCGAUCAAAUCAUGCGUUUGGCAGAAAUUUGACUCCUAUUUAGUAUAUGACGUUGAGUCCAGCGUCAAAUUUGACGAAGCGACGAAAUGGAAUCAUUUUUGCAAGAAUGUCCUGGAAGGUUCCAGCGAAGCCCCGUGCAAAUCAGGGGACUGCCUGUUUGGGUGGACGGGCAACCUGUGCAACAUUGGGUGCUCGGAAGGGCUGUCCACCAGCGAGUACAUCCCGUCAGUGGAGAAAUUCAGGCGUCCCUCUGCCUAUCCCCUCCAGAGCCACGUGGUUCGCACCUUCAAAGAAGCUGACAGCACGAAAAAAAUUGCAUUUGUUAGGCACGGAGAAGACUUGAGUUUGACCUGCUUCACGAACGAAUACAGCAAGAAAUACAGGCGGCGCUGGUACUAUUCGGAUGGAGAUACCGUCCAGAGUAUUUUCGUAGACAAUGGCGCGAUAAUUUUGAUGAAAAACUGGACUGUCCUCAAAUUCGUCAACUCGAGUUUCAAAAUGUCGAACGUUUACUAUUGCACCGACAGCGAAUUUAUUUCGGCAAAUCGACUUCAGUACCACGUGAAAGUUUAUUCAAUAGCUCAGAUGGCUUUCAACAUGACUUUUUCGUUUUUGGUGAGCAAGUGUUCAUCGAAUAAGCUACAAGAAAUCAAGAGAAUGAUAAAGGAUCACGUCUGCAAACCAUUCGAGGGCAGCGUUUCCAAGUUUUACUGCCCAUACCAGUUCUCUAUUGAGUGCGAUGACUGGAAGCCGAACACGUUCUAUAGCGUCAAGAAUAUACAAAGGUUAGUAGUGGCGAAAGUAGUGGUCUUGAAGUUUGUUCAAGAUUUUUCGGACAAAACCUGUGAUGUGAAGUGCAGUCUCCACCAGAUGCACAGCAACCUCGCAAAUGAUAUUUGUCCGGUGGACGAUUUGAGAGAGGACCUGGAGAACCAGUACCAGAAGGUCUCAGAGGGGAGGUACUUGCCAGAGGAGGACAAGCUGACAAAUUUGAAAACUUAUUUCAUCUGCAUGCCUGGAUUUAUCCUUUUUUACCAGAUGUUUUGUGUUCCUUGUGAUCCGGGAUAUUAUUCAAACGUGCACGGACUGGUUGAGCACUGCCUGCCCUGCCCCAAAAACACCUUCCAACCGGAAUUUGGUGCCACUUCCUGCCACAAGUGCCCAAAAAAAUAUAUGACAGCUAAUGAAGCGUCCACACAUGCUGCAGAUUGCUUCAAUGAAAUUAUGAACUACAAGCGUCAGAUGUUGGAAAACUCAGUAGAGGUGAAUGUGGAUCGCCACAUAACUUACACCGGCCACUUCUUCGUCCUCUCCACUUCUUUGAUCCUCAUCUUCAUCGCUGCUUUCGGCGUUUUGUACGUCAUCUUCAUUUGCGAUUUGAGUUUUUGUUAUUGUGAACCGUUACUUCAUUUUCCUUGCUUAUAA